GCGGGAAGGAGGCAAGCGCGAGCCGCGGUGUUGGCCGCCGGGCGGGAAGGGGAAAGGGAGGGGGAGCAAGCCGCAGCAGCCGCCGCCGCGGUGAGUGGCGGCCCGGAAGAUCCGGAGGGGUGUGCGCUGCAGCGUGGGGCGCCGCCGCCGCCUGCCCCCAUACAAUGCUUUCUCUCGCCUAGCCUUAAUUCCAAGUCGCCUAUGGCGACCAGGCGAGUGGUUAAGGCGAAGACUGAGGAAACAGAAAUGAAGGUACAUAUGCACACACAAUUUUGCCUCAUUUGUUUGCUGACAUUUGUCUUUCAUCAAUGCAACCAUUGCCACGAAGAAGGGCAUGACCAUGGUCCUGAAAAGAGUCACAUUCACAACCACAGUGACUAUCAGAUCUCUGAGGUACCAUAUCUCCACAAUGGAAGGACAGAACCUGCACCAAGUAAGGCUGAAGAUGUACAAAAAUACUACAUUGAAAAACUCUUUGACCGCUAUGGUGAAAAUGGAAAACUCUCAUUUUUUGGUUUGGAGAAAUUGCUGACGAGUCUUGGCCUUGGAGAAAUAAAAGUAGUGGAGAUAAAUCAUGAGGAUAUUGGCCACGAUCAUGUUUCUCACUUAGAUGUGUUAGAGGUACAAGAAGGAAAGCAUUCUCAUUCCCACAACCAUCCUCAUUCCCAUAGUCACUCAAGUUCAGAAAACCAGACUGUGAAUGAAGGGCCUACCAAAAAAAGCCAGAAGUGUGACCCUGAGAAAGAAGUAAUGGAGUCAUCUUUAAAACGUGAUGGUAGACACAGACAUGACCAUAAUAAUCUCAGGCACCACCACCAAGACCAUAAUGGUACUCACCGUUCUCAUAAUGAUUCCAUUAGUGCCAGUGACCAUGGGGAGCCAAGUCAUGAGCCUUCAACGGAAACCAACACUACUCAAGAACAGCCUGAAAAAAAGCCACGUAAGCACAAUAAGAGACGGAAAGGGAAAGAGAAAGAGAAAAAGAAAAACAGUGAUCCUUCACUAGACACAGUUCCAGAUCAUGAUUCCAAUGAGCAAUACGAACACAAUCAUGUUCACAAGAAUGACCAUGUACAUGAUGCCUCUCUCUCACGUGUACAAACUCAUGAACACGAUAAUGACCAUGCAGCUACUCAUGGGCAUCAAGAGCCAAAUCCUGCCAGUGGAGAUGGGUAUCACCAUGCCAGCAAGCGUGAAGCACCUCCUCAGCAGAUUAGCACGAAGGAGAGUACCACAUUUCCUUCUCACCGCCAUAAGGAGCAUAGCGAAGAGCGUCACCAAGAACAGUGUUUAAACGUCACACAGCUGCUGAGGCAUUAUGGCCUUCAUACCAAUUCUCCAGUUUCCCCCAGUUUGUUUACAUACCUCUGCCCUGCAUUGCUAUAUCAGAUUGACAGGAGACUCUGUAUUGAACAUUAUGAUGAGCUGCUGAUUGAAGACUUUAGUAAAGGAAAAAAUGCAUCAGUUGGAAAUACAAAUAAAACAGAUGCACCAGCCUGGAUUUGCGGCAUCAUUUCUAUCACGGCCAUUAGCCUGCUCUCCUUGCUAGGUGUGAUCUUGAUUCCUAUUAUUAACCAAGGGUGCUUCAAAUUCCUCCUGACCUUCCUGGUUGCUCUUGCUGUAGGAACAAUGAGUGGAGAUGCGCUCCUCCAUCUGUUGCCACAUUCACAAGGGGCCCACAACCACAGUCAUCAUGAGGGCCAAGGUCACCAGCACGAACACGCGCACGAGCACCGGCAUCUUCACAGCCAUUCCCAUGGGCAUGGAGCAAUGGCUCAAAGCUUUCUAGACGAGUAUGAUGCUGUACUGAAAGGGCUGGUGGCGCUUGGUGGGAUCUACCUUCUGUUCAUCAUUGAGCAUUGUAUAAGAAUGUUCAAGCACUACAACAAAGAAAAGACUAAACAGAAAUGGUGUAAGAAAAAACAGAAGGCUGAUGAAUCGUCAAUUGGGAGGAAACUUUCAGAUCACAAGCUAAACAGACCUGAUGCUGACUGGCUUCAGCUCAAGCCUCUAGCAGGACCAGAUGAUUCUGUCUUAUCCGACGAUCGGCUUAAUGAAACAGAAUUAACUGACCUAGACGGCCACCUUGACUCCUUGCCAAAGACCUUCCUGUCGGUAGAAGAAGAAAACACUAUGCUCCAUUCCCACAAUGACGUCUCCCAUGUCAUUCAAGACAACGAUCUCCCUGAUGUGGAGUACGAAAGCAACCACCGAGAGGAUACAGUUGUAGUGAGGAAGCACAACCACCUUUGGUCACACAAACACUCGCAUCAUUCUCAUGGACACUGCCAUUCCGGCCAAGACAUGAAAGACACUGGAAUAGCAAAUAUUGCUUGGAUGGUAGUAAUGGGAGAUGGUAUCCACAAUUUUAGUGAUGGCUUGGCCAUUGGUGCAGCUUUCAGUGCUGGCUUGACGGGAGGCAUUAGUACAUCCAUAGCAGUAUUUUGUCAUGAGCUUCCCCAUGAAUUGGGUGACUUUGCUGUGCUCCUGAAAGCAGGCAUGACUGUGAAACAGGCCAUUGUUUACAACCUCCUCUCAGCCAUGAUGGCUUAUGUAGGGAUGAUGAUAGGGACCGCUGUGGGGCAGUAUGCGAAUAACAUCACCCUCUGGAUCUUUGCCGUCACUGCUGGCAUGUUUCUCUACGUAGCCCUGGUAGAUAUGCUUCCAGAAAUGCUUCAUGGGGACGGUGACAAUGAGGAGCAUGGCUACUGUCCUGUUGGGCAGUUCAUUCUCCAGAAUUUAGGGCUUCUCCUGGGAUUUGCCAUUAUGUUGGUGAUUGCCCUUUAUGAAGACAAAAUAGUGUUGGACAUCCAGUUUUGACCAUUUCCAGUACUUAACUGUGGCUGCAACAACAUUACUGGAUGGCUUUCGGUCUGCACUGUUGUACUGUAUGCACACUUGUUCCCAGGCAAAGCAGUGGCUUCUGCUGCUUGCAAGUACAGUAUUCUGGUGUCCGCAUAAACAAGCUCCUGCUUUCUAGCUAAAACAAAACACGAGGCCUGAUUGGAUGUGGUGCCGCUUCCCAAAGGUGAGCUCUAGAUCUUAAACUGUACAAUGGUGGACGUGGGACCCGUGAACAUGGAAGUCCCAGAAGCGGCUAGCAAAUGCAUUGUGUUCCAGUUUGCCAUGGCAGUGUGCAGCAGGAGUCAGACCCUUGCUGAAAAAAGCCUCUCAUGUUCUACUUGAGCAAAUGGUGAAGUGCACCCCUCUGCCCAGUGCCAGUACAAAAGCGACAUACCGUGCAGUCGUCUUCUGCAGAAGAGAUGAACUGUCUGUGGCCCUUGUUCCAGCCUUGUGCUCCGAGCUGGUUUCCCCUCCACCCCUACAGAACGUACAAGAAUUGACGCUGCAUGACUGGGGAGCACUCUGGGUGGGGGGGUGGGGUUUUUUCUUUCCCCCUCCCUCCUCUUUAUUUUUAAGUUAAGUGUUCCAAGCAUGUUGUUCAUAGAUGGCCUUAGGGCAGGAUGAGCAGCGCACACUUGCCCGUGACCUUGGCGUUUGCUCUGGGCCUUGCUUCCCAGUAAUCUUCGAUCAGCUGUUUUGCACUGGACUGCACGGUUGGUGACCAAAGCAAAACCAUGGAUUCUUCUGUUUUGUCUGCUUGCGAUUCCAGCGUCCUCCCCCUUGGCUCAGUCCUUGCCAGAGUCGCUGGCCAGUUCAGGGUCUCCAGCAGUCCUUGCCUGCAGCCUCUGCUAGACACCCCCUCCCACCCCCACCAGCUGUGCAGUGUGAUGCUCUUUUGGGCGGAAGGACUGCACAUCCAAAGGCUUUCCCUGUAUGUUGGUUCGUGUCAUGCUGUAUUUUGUCCUUUCGAAGCCCAAGGAAGCAGGCUGCAAAGUUCUCUAUGGGGCCUUGGAGGCCUAGGUUCCAUUUAUGGGGGUAGGUUGACAAGUGUUAGGUAUUUGAUGUUAGCUCGUAGCCGUUGUUAGCAAAAUGUCGCAUAGUUAAUGCCAUAGUUAAUAUUGCCAUAGUUAUUGCUAUUAAUAGUGGGUGUGUGGACCCUCGGGUCCUUUUGCUGCAGUAGCAUAAUAUGUAGCAGAUGCUACUUGAAACCGAAACUACUGAGCAGUUUGUGCUUUGAGUUUGUUGCUUUGCUCCUCUAAUGAAGCGCCUGCAUUGGAAUUCUUUGGUUGUGACAGCCAAACUUCUCACGUUCUAACCUUCAAAAAUCCAGGCUGAGAAGCACUGACCCUUGGAUCACAGCAGUGCCCCUCAGAGGCAGUCCUGGUGACUGUUUACAUAACUCCCAAGAACAGUUCUGAAUGUAUUACUUGAAUGCCUUGCCACCUGAGCUCAGAGCACCUGCCACUGCUGAGAAUGAGGAGUGCACUAGAUGCAGCCCACGUCCAGCUUUUGCUGUGCUUUGUUUUUAAUAUGUAUCUUUUAGGUACUUGGGGGGGCCUUGUUCCUGUGUUACCCCUGCAGUGUGGGAGCAGAUAUAGUGCGGGCCCUGGAAAGGAUCUCCAAGGUCGUCACAGAGGAGGAGCCAGCAGGGGGGCUUCCUGGGAGCUGGCUUGCUGCUGCUGCUGCUGCUCCACUGCUGACUCCACCCAUGUGACUGGAGAGGGGGUCCUGGGUUUCUCUCUACAGUGGGAGGAGCCACACUGCUGAGGUCAUGUAGGAGCAGGCCCUUAGACUAGAAUAAAGCAGCUGUUGUUGAUUAGUGGUGCAUGUGGAUUGGGAGGAUAGGCUCAGCCAAAAGCCUUAACCUGCAGGAAUCAGCUUUAAUUGUUAGUGCCAAGCAGCUUCUAUUGCCAGGUACGGAUUGGCCUCUGUGCUCUGAUAUUGUGUGUUCAUGAGAAGUGCAAGCCCUGUUCAUCUUCCAGACGGAUGUGGUGGUGGUGGUGGUGGUGGUGGUGAUAACGGUAUAAUCUAAUGGUCCUAAGCACGGUAAUUAGUGUGUUUCCUGCACACUGGUCUGUCUCCAUUCAUACCUCUUUGUGCAAGUUAAGUUGUGUGCGGAGUAUGCACAGCUUGGCUUGGCUCAUGCUAGAGGAGCUCCUAAAGAUGAAUGGCGGCCUUAGGCAGCUUUCUCACGAAGUUGAAACGAACCUCUCUAUGCUCCUGUUGAAUCUUUCUCGUCAUUCCUUCUUAUAUGACCACCAUUUGCUGCUUCAAAGGUAAACCAGACAGCUUGUGUUAGGUAGCAUAGUAUUGUGAGUAGAGUUUGACAACUUGACAUUUCCAAAUGGAGUUUUGACUCCUGCAGUCCAUUAACACAGAGAACUUACUGGAUCUCUGGGACUCAUACAGAUGUACACAUACAUGUAUUCCACCUACUUGGUCUUGUCCUUCUUCCCCCACCCCACUGAAGAGUGGAGCAACUGAAGGUUGGACUCCAACCCAGAGGAUGUCAUACUGAAGUCCCACUUGGAUGCAGUGGAGUGUACUUCCUCUGGUUUGAGGUUUCUGACUUCAUGUGGCAUAAAUCUGCCAACUAGACUGCGGGGUCCUUGUAUCACUGAAGUGAGAUUUUAGUCGGGAAAGUGGGGCAGGGGGACUGGUGUUUAAGGUUUAUUUUUGUAAUUAUGAAUAAAGCUUUCUCUACUUCAGGUAGUACCUCUUUCAUUUUGCUGGCAUGUGCUAUAGUGUAAUGUUGCCUAUCUAAAGAAAUGAAAAUUAGCUUUCGGUAAUAGAUAUUUGAAAGAGAGAAUUAAAACGCACAGGUCAUGUUGAGAAGUGCUAGGAUUUGUAUUUUACUUCAGAAUGCGUGUGUGUGUGUGUGUGUGUGUGUGUGUGUGUGUGUGUGUUACACUUUGAAGAGCAAUACAGCAGCCAUGGCUUCUCCUAUUUCCUCAAGUAUUGAAUUUCCUGGACAUUUUUAAAUGCAAGGUUUUAAGUCACAUUUGGUACAAUUGGGAUUCUGCUACAUUUCUACCUGGCUUCAUCAUUCCGUUCUGCUGGAGUCCAGUCUCAUUUAAUGUGUACUUGUUGGAGGGCAUAAAUGUUGUUUGUAUCUUACAAUGCUGUCACUGUGUGACAUCCCAUGAGAAUUUUGGUGUCAGUCACACUGCACUCAAUCAGCUGUGAUUAUUAUGCUUAAAAAAUGCUGUAGUAUCCUAGGAUGCAGUGUGAAUUCUUCUUAUGGUUGAAACAAUGUGAUUAUGGUCCUGAAAGAUAUUUGAGAUAUCAGCUUCUUUUUGGGGGUUUUGUUAUAACAAAAUCAAUUUUUUUUAAACAAACAAACAUAUAAAGCUGGAAAUGAUGACAUGCUGUUUUUGUUCAUUGUCAACAGUGUUGUGUUCAUUUUAUGUAUGUUCCUUAUUGGUAAGGAAUGUAAGAAAAAUAAAAUGACUGAAUAAGCAAAUACA